UAGUGUAGUGAUUAAAAGAAGAACGGUGGCAUUUUUAUCAUAAGAGCAAACGACGUCGCUCCAUUUCCUUCUUUCCGAAUCCGAAUAAUAGGACCAUUUUCCAAUCCCUUCUGGCUCCCACUUUGGUAUAAAAGUAGAGUGGAAAUUCUCGCCACUCCUGCUCAACUCAUUGUAGGGACAAUUCUUAUUUCUCCUUUUCAAUAAUAUUGUCUUACUCCAAUCAGGAAAGAGGAAGAAGAAGGAGAAGAAGAGAUGGGAGGAGGCAAUGGACAGAAGUCAAAGAUGGCUCGCGAGAGAAAUAUGGAGAAGCAAAAAGGAGCUAAGGGAAGUCAGCUUGAAUCAAACAAGAAAGCCAUGUCGAUCCAGUGCAAGGUGUGCAUGCAGACAUUCAUUUGCACCACAUCAGAGGUGAAGUGCAGAGAGCACGCAGAAGCAAAACAUCCAAAAUCUGACGUAUACGCGUGUUUCCCACACCUCAAGAAAUGAUAUGCUGAUGGGGGAAAGGAAUUUGUAGAGAUGGGUUCCAAGAUCCCGCUCAUAUAAUCUCAUUGUGAUCUUUGCAGAGCAGCCCAUCCAAACUUCUUGGAUAGUUAUUUAUCAUGUAUUCCGAAAUAUUUGAGUAUAUUAUUUCCUAAUUCCUAUGCCUGAAUUUCUUA